UGCAGCUGAGCAGUUUCCAAGCUAAUUGAUUUCGUUUACAUUUUAUGAAAGAGAAAAGAAAAUAGAAAUUCCACAAUAAUGUGGCAUAACAUACAGGAAGACCCGCCGUAUCUGCUGUUAGCAAGGGAUAUAAAAAGCUAUGAAGUUUACGUUACAGACUACAUUUCGAUAUGGUUUGUUUACUUUAAGAAAAAUGAAUUUCUGGAGUGCUUACAGGACAGCAAUUUUGGCCUUGAGGUUGAACCAGAGGAGUUAGUUCAAAAGGUGCCAACCUCCUAAAACAACCAACUAACCUCAGGAAGUUGGAUGUAAAAAAAGAUGUUUCUACUUUAGAACUCUCUAUGACCAAGUUAUUUGAGUACCCUUUGCAAUUGAAACUGAAACUUGCGGAGGGAUCAAAAGAAAUGUUUUUUCAAAAUGUAACUUACAUGCUACUGAAAACUGUAGCUGAUUUAAAGAAGAGCCAGCAAGAGCUUAGAGAUCUAUUAAAAAAGAAAGAUGAAGAGAUAGAAGAAUACAAAAGUGAAGGAAAGGAGAUAGCAUUAAGAUAUUUAAAAACGAAUCCAUUCAAUGAUGAAGAGCAUAUGACACAUCAUCAAGUAGACAAGGAAUGUGCUGACCUGUUACACAUGCCCUAUGCUUUAUUAGAGAAAAUUGCUGCUGCCACUCAUAGAAAUGAAGCUAUUGAGCGGGAAAUGUUGGAAAAUCUCAAGAUUAAACAAGAGCCAAGUACGCCAUCGGAGAGCCAAAGCGCACCGUGCCUUGCUUCCAGCGACGUCAAAAUAGAGCCUAAGCUAGAACCGCAGAGCAACUCAUUUAGUCCGAGGAAGAAACGAAAGCAAUUGUUAAAUUAUUAAUAUUUGUAGUAUAAUAGUUGCGUAUAGUCACGUAAGACCUCAUUUCGAGGGUAUAAGAACUGACAUGCGCUUUUUGUUUUGGUUUUUAGUGGUGUGAUCGUAUGAGGAGGCACACUCAAAAGGUUCCAUUGCACAGAAUGUUAUAACAGGUGGCGCCACCUUAUUAGUUCAUUGCACAGAUAAAGAAUUUCAUACGUGAGAGCGAGAAGAUGAUAUAUUGUUUCUCUCUCACACAUAUGAAUCACAGUGACAUGCCUAGGCACUUGCACAGGCGCCGUCUGGCGCGAUAAAAUGUCAGUGUACCUCUUCAUUAACACUUAAUGCUCACAUUAUAUAGUUUAUUUAUUUAAUAAUGAUAACUCCCAUAAGUAUAACUCUCUUGUUAGCAUCUGCAUUGUAGCAAUUGUACUUAUCUAACUAAAAGAUGUGUCGGCAGCCGACAGUGCAAAGCUUCAGCCAAUAUGCGCUUACAACUUUCAUUGUUAGUGACGCCAGUGGUCGGACACUGUCCCGACCGGUGUCGGUCGGCCCAAUGCACAAUCAGAUGUACAUUUUGUUUCAAUGGAAUUUCUACUUUCAAGUAAACAAAUUAAGUAGAAUUUCUUUUGUUUCUACAUUUUUUCGAACAAAUGAAACUCAACUAAAUUUCAAGUACAUCUAGAAUCAAAAUCCCUUAGUAAAAAUUUUGUAUGGAGGGCGUUACGAGGCUAUAUCCAUUAUAUUUGCUUGCAAAUUCUUGAGCCGCCUUAAUGGUCCUUAGUUAUAAAUUUAUUAUAAGUAUGUAUCACGUAUGUAUAUGAAAUGUAAGAGCCACAAUGCAAUGGUGCUUAGUACUUUAUUUUAUUAAUUUUAUAUUUAUUUAUUUUAGUUUUAAUAAGAACAAUCGUGUUCGUGAGCCUGUGCUAAUGUAAGUAGAUUGCGUUAUAUGCAGAUGCGGUGACUGAUUUUUCAAACAUAAAUUGAUUCGUAGAUACUGGAAUUUGCAGUUAAAUACUAAUAAUAUCAUUAACAGGCCAGCUUGAUGAAUUAAUGUUAAAUUUAUUCGUAUCAAAUAACGUAGUAAAUUUUGUCCAAAAUGUGCUGUUUGUACUAGAGUUAAUCCCUCUGAGGCCUAGUUACGCUUCGGGUUAGGUCAGAUGGUAAUCGUAUUUGUAACACCAAAUUUUGAUCCUUGGCGAGUGCCGGGAUGACCCAAGGAGGAUAAUGAUCUACAUAUAGCAAUAUAGGUAACCAUUGGAGUUGGGACAUUUUUGUAGGUAGAGAAUAAAAGUCAAAUUGCCGUUUAUAAUAAAACUUUACUAGGUAAUAAGUGGUAGGUACAGUCUAUUGACUAAUGAUUUUAGUUGUGCUAGUGUAAAACGGUUACUAUGAAUGAAAUUCAUUGGAGAUAGGUUUUAAUUUUGACUAAGUACCUGUUAAUUUUUUUUCUAAUAAAAUAUUUUAAAGCAAGAAAGCUGCGGCAACAUUAUAGCACACAAAGAGAUCCGCAAGCAGCUCCAGUGUAGUCAAGUUUAAAAAUAUGGGCAUACAAGUUGCUCAGAAACAGUGCAUAUGUCGGCUAAUGAAGAACUAUGGCACAUAUUUUUGAGCAACUUCUGUACAGCUUGGGAAAAAAAGAUUUGAAAUGGAACGAUUUUUUUUUUAUCAUAGCAACACUUACUUUUCUCACACAAAAGUGAUUCAAUAGUUGCCAUAUACUAAUACCAUUUACAUGACGAUGGCGCCCCUAUAAUUUUCUACUCUUGCCAGGCUUCACCCAUAUUUUUACACGACUGUAUGAACAGGAUAUAGCUAGAGGCACACACGUGCAAACAGCUGAAUCUCUAACUGAAACAUUCUUAGGUAGGCUUUAGAACCUCUCUUACUUUAACUAUACUACAGGACAACGGCUCAGCCACGACAUUGGUCUAAGCGCGACAGCGGCGAGCGGCGGCCAUACCUACAUUGACGCGAGACACAGCGAUGGGACUUUUCAUUCGCACGUAUGCCUGCCGCUCGCCGCUGCCGCGCUUAGACCAAUGUCGUGGCUGGGCCGUAACAUAAUUUGACUAUAUGAAACAGACUACAAUUUCAUUUGGAUUAACAUUACCAAGGCCCACUUGCACCAACCACUUAACUCAGGGUUAGUGGGCUGUCAUCUGUCAAAUGGUGGGUUAACCCGAGGAUUUUGGGGAAUUUGACAGAUGACAGCCCACUAACCCUGUGUUAAGUGGUUGGUGCAAGUGGGCCUUACUGACCUUUUUGUAACAGUAACGAAUUAUUUUAGAUAGACAAUCAUUUCAAAUUAUACCGGGUGGGCCCUGUAACAAAAGCAAAAAAAAAUAACUGUAGGCUACACUCCUUAUACUGACCAACAUUUGUAAAAUAACUUUAUUUAAUUUUUAGCAGUAGGUAUCAGCCUCGAAAGUUUUUUCUAAGA